AUGUCCCUCGACCUCGAAAGGCAGCUCACCUUCGCUUCCAAUUACGGCCCCUUUUUCGAACUCCCGUCAUGGCUGCAAAUACCCUAUCUCGAGUUAAACCUGGGGACCUUUGCGGCAAUCACAUGGGGCGGCCUGUAUCUCCUCCUUGAACCUGUUGCUGGGGGUGCCCUAGCACUCGUCUGCCUCGCUGCCGCCGCUGGGACCAACUACCUCCGGCUGCAGGACCCCAUCGGCACGAACCAGAUUUCCAUCGCGGUAAAUGUUGUCUCCUGGAUCGCGCAGUUUGUCGGCCACGGCAAGUUUGAGGGGCGGGCCCCGGCACUGCUUGACAACCUCUUCCAGGCGAUCUUCCUGGCUCCCUUGUUCGUCUGGCUCGAACUGCUGUUCAUGGUAGGCUACCGCCCGGAGCUGAAGAGGCGUGUCGACAAGGCCGUCAAGAUUGAGAUUGCCAAGUUCCGCGAGCAACAAGCGAAGAAGGUCCGGAAAGACCGAGUAGUCCGGAUCACAAUGGACGCGCCGAGAUGCGGUGACUAUUAG